AGCAUCCUUCUGGGAAUGGACGGCUCUGUCAAGCUGGCUGAUUUUGGCCUCUGCGCUCAGCUCAGCCCUGAGCAGGAGCAGUGCAGCUCCAUGGUGGGCACUGCUCACUGGAUGGCCCCAGAAGUUGUGACCAGUUCUCCUUACGGCCCCAAGGUGGACAUCUGGUCCUUUGGCAUUGUGACCAUCGAGAUGGUGGAAGGAGAACCUCCUUACUUCCAGCAAACGGGGGCCAUGGCUCGCGCUCUGAUCCGGCAGAACGGGACCCCGCAGCUGCAGGAGCCCAGGCGCCUGUCGGCUCUGCUGCGGGACUUCCUCGAGUGCAGCCUGGAGCCGGACGAGGAGCGGCGCUACUCUGCCCAGGAGCUGCUGCAGCACCCAUUUUUGUCAUCAGCCAAGCCUCUCUCCAGCCUGACCCCUCUGAUCACUGCAGCAAAGCAACUGAGGGAGCAGCAGAGGAGGACAUGAAGCACAGGAGGCCAGCUUUUCGUUAUAGUAGUUAGGAAAAGUAGUUAGUUAUGGUAGUUAGCACUGUGAGUUAGUUAGGGUAGUUAGGACAGCCUGUUUGUUAUGGCAGUUAUUUGAAUAAAAUCUCUGUUAAAGCUCAAGUCCCUUGAGGUGUCCUGUCCUUCUCCCGCUGUGACUCAGCUGCCCGGAGCACUGCGAGGGGAGAGCGGGCCCAGCCUCGCCCAGAGCUGAGCCCCAGCAGAGCCUGGCAGAGCCCAGAGCAGCCUCGGCAUCUGCAGAGUCAGCCUGGAAGGAGGCGCUUGGAGCCUUCUGGGCUGCAGCCGGCUCUUGCUUAC